CUGAAGUUUAUUCUGCUCAUAAUUUGCCUUUCCUAGUCCCCCCACCCACCCUUGUUAACAUGCUUCUUAAAGUGUUCCUAAACCCAGGACCCCGCAUUUACUAUAUCUGGUCUCCCGGGACCCUGCAUUCACUAUAUCUGGUCUCCCCGGACCCUGCAUCCACUAUAUCUGGUCUCCCAAGACCCUGCAUUCACUAUAUCUGGUCUCCCUGGACCCUGCAUUCACUAUAUCUGGUCUCCCCGGACCCUGCAUCCACUAUAUCUGGUCUCCCUGGACCCUGCAUUCACUAUAUCUGGUCUCCCCGGACCCUGCAUUCACUAUAUCUGGUCUCCCCGGACCCUGCAUUCACUAUAUCUGGUCUCCCCGGACCCUGCAUUCACUAUAUCUGGUCUCCCACAACCCUGCAUUCACUCUAUCUGGUCUCCCACAGUACACACAACAUGGAAGUGCAAUUAUUUUAGUAAAUAUAAACUGCUAA